GAGCGCGCGCGCGCGCAGACGCACGGCGCCGAGGAGAGGGAGAGCGCGCGUCAGACAGACGGAGACAGUUGAUGCCUGUCAGCGCGGCGGGGCCGCGAGCUCUCGCGAGAGCUUCCCGGACCGGCCGCGAGAAGUGGGGCUCAGGUGUAAGAGGAGUGCAUCCCGUCGGCGCGCCGGGCUAGAGCUCUCGGAGAAGUGGGAUCGCAAGGCCGGUGCGCGGCGCUCUGCGCGGUCAAAGGGAGCGUCGGGCGGCAGCGGCGGCAGCAGGCGCAGCAGCAGCCCCCCGCGCGGCCGCCGCCUUCGUGCCGCUAGCCACCUCGGCAGCAGCCUCGGAAGGGAGGCCGGGGGAGUCGGCGUGCACACUUUCCCGCGGACUUUCGGAGUGUUUGUGGAUUUACAUGCCAAGCCAUCAAGAUGAUGUCCAUGAACAGCAAGCAGCCUCACUUUGCCAUGCAUCCCACCCUCCCUGAGCACAAGUACCCGUCUCUGCACUCCAGUUCCGAGGCCAUCCGGCGGGCCUGCCUGCCCACGCCGCCGCUGCAGAGCAACCUCUUCGCCAGCCUAGACGAAACGCUGCUGGCGCGGGCGGAGGCGCUGGCGGCCGUGGACAUCGCGGUGUCCCAGGGCAAGAGCCACCCGUUCAAGCCGGACGCCACGUACCACACGAUGAACAGCGUGCCAUGCACGUCCACGUCCACCGUGCCGCUGGCGCAUCACCACCACCACCACCACCACCACCAGGCGCUGGAGCCCGGCGACCUGCUGGACCACAUCUCGUCGCCCUCGCUCGCGCUCAUGGCCGGCGCAGGCGGCGCGGGGGCGGCGGGCGGCGGCGGCGGCGCCCACGACGGCCCGGGGGGCGGCGGUGGCCCGGGGGGCGGCGGCGGCCCAGGCGGUGGCGGCCCCGGGGGCGGCGGCGGCGGCGGGCCCGGGGGGGGCGGCGGCGGCCCGGGCGGCGGGCUGCUGGGCGGCUCGGCGCACCCGCAUCCGCACAUGCACGGCCUGGGCCACCUGUCGCACCCCGCGGCGGCGGCCGCCAUGAACAUGCCGUCGGGGCUGCCGCACCCCGGGCUGGUGGCGGCGGCGGCGCACCACGGCGCGGCGGCGGCGGCGGCGGCGGCCGCGGCCGGGCAGGUGGCGGCGGCGUCGGCGGCGGCGGCCGUGGUGGGCGCGGCGGGCCUGGCGUCCAUCUGCGACUCGGACACGGACCCGCGCGAGCUCGAGGCGUUCGCCGAGCGCUUCAAGCAGCGGCGCAUCAAGCUGGGCGUGACGCAGGCCGACGUGGGCUCGGCGCUGGCCAACCUCAAGAUCCCGGGCGUGGGCUCGCUCAGCCAGAGCACCAUCUGCAGGUUCGAGUCGCUCACGCUGUCGCACAACAACAUGAUCGCGCUCAAGCCCAUCCUGCAGGCGUGGCUCGAGGAGGCCGAGGGCGCGCAGCGCGAGAAAAUGAACAAGCCCGAGCUCUUCAACGGCGGCGAGAAGAAGCGCAAGCGGACUUCCAUCGCCGCGCCCGAGAAGCGCUCCCUCGAGGCCUACUUCGCCGUACAACCCCGGCCCUCGUCCGAGAAGAUCGCCGCCAUCGCCGAGAAACUGGACCUCAAAAAGAACGUGGUGCGGGUGUGGUUUUGCAACCAGAGACAGAAGCAGAAGCGGAUGAAAUUCUCCGCCACUUACUGAGGGGGGUGGGAGGUGCCGGGUGGGGCCGAGCGGGAGCUGAAGGGUCUGCUUCCCCCCGGAUUUGGAGUGUCCAUUACCUGCUUGCAUUUGGGGAGUCCCUCCUCCCGCGAUCUCCUCCGCCCCCUCUCUGCUCUCCCUGCCCUUACCCUCCCCCAGCCUAGAGGUCUGGGGUGCUGCGUGUGGACACAGGAGAAGAUGGCGGGGGAGAAGGGGGGAGCAUUUGGGUGAGCGGGCAGUGAGGGGAAGGAAAGCGGAGACUGGAGGAGGGGUUUUGAGGAGCAGGAUGGUUCUGGGGGCUAGGGUGGGGGGAGACUCGGGAAGGGUAGGGAAAUGAACUGUUUUUGACCAGAGACACUUAUCAAAAUCUCCUGGGGACCAAGGAACCACGUACAAAAGCAAACCUACCAACCACCAAAAACUAGACAAAUAAAGACAAACUAAAACAGAACAGGACAAAAACAAAGAAAAAGUGCUUUAGAAAUUUAACUCCGGGGAGCCGUAUUCUGCAGCUUCAUUCCCCCCUAAGGAAGAGAAAAAAGAGCACCACCAUUACUACCACCGCCCCAACCCUACACACACAAACUUAGUCAGAAACCGAAAACCAAACGAACCAGAAAUUCUGGGUAGCGAGCUAGUUGUUCUGUCUGUGUGUUUAAUUAAUUUUCCCUCUAAAUCUCACCUCCACCCCGUUCAUGUCCUCUUUGAUUUAUUUUUCUCCGUUCCAAUGAGACUCCGAUGGCUGCUCUCCAUUGCCACAAAGUGAGUGGGGACACAGCUGAAGGGGGCACGGGGGUGGGGGGGCGGUGGCUGCGUGUUUAGGUGGAGUCCAAGUGUUCCAGUGACCGACCUGUACUCCUGUGGCCUGGUCCCCGUUGGGUGGGAGUGUUUAGGGAGAGAGGCACAGUCUUUGAGCUAACUAAAAGGCAGAAUUUAGGGCCUCCGAAAUAAAUAUUUUAUUCUAGGAAAAUAAAACAAUUUUAACAAGGUUUUUCUCUUUUCAUUUUUGCUGUUAUAUCUAAGAUCUAGAAGAUGGACUGUUUCAAAGUAAGCUUUCCCCCACCCAUAGAACUUGCUUGCCCUUUGGUUUAUUUUUCUGAGUGGUUUAUUUGAAACUACCUACUGAUUUUUUUUUUUUCCUAUGGAUUCAAGUAGACUGCUGGGGUGGAAGACACUAGGAAAUACUCUGUCCCGUUUUCUCCACAGAGCAAGUUCCAUCAUGCCCUUCUGGGUCUCCUUUCCUUCUCUCUUGGACAACAUGAAAUCACUGAAAUAUUGAGAAGUUUCUGCUUUCAGUUGGAGCAGGGCUUGGCUGUGAGAAAAACCAACUAAAUCUCAGAUGAAAGGAAGACAGGUUUAAAGGCCUCCGUUUGUUUCAAAAGGGUCUGCAUGUUGGGGGGUGGGGGAAGCAGAACAACUGUGUUUCAUUAUUAUUAUUAUUAUUAUUAUUAUUAUUAUUCAACAGUAAUUUAUUGCUGGGGACAAAUGUUGGGUAGCAAGAACUUUAAUUUGCACUAUCAGUCUCCCAAAUAGAAAAUCAUGUAUAGUAUUUCAUAGUAAUAAUCAAGCAACUUUAUGAACUGCUGAUGAAUAAAAAAGUGAGAAAGACAGUUGAAGGUGGUUAGGUAACAGGCCUGCUUGGUGCACAAGAUACUCUUUUUAAUCUCUUGUGGAGGUGGUUUCUUACCAUCUUUUAAUAAGAAUUAAAAAAUUGGAAACAACAAAUAAGAAAAGGAAAAAACCUGCCAUUUAAUAAGACUGAAGUCAUGCAUGUUCUGAAAGGUGCAGAAAGAAACACAAUUAGGUCUCACUCUGGUUAGGCAUUAUUUAUUUAAUUACGUUGUAUAUCAUUGUUUGCAGCGCAAACAUCCUAUGCAUUUGAAACUGAGCACUAUACUGGGCUAGCUUUCUGAUAGACUGUUUUGUGGAUAGUGUGAUUUCACAGUCUACUGCCUGUUUUCACCGAAAACACAACAUUCUUGUCCUAUUCUUGUAUUUAGAGGAAAAGGAAAAAAGGAAGAUUAUUGUAAAUAUUUUCUUUAAUGCACACACUCACAGAGUGGUUACAAACUGCCAGUGUUAAUCCUGGGACGUCUCACAGAUUGAUCUACCUGUCCAUGUAUGUCUGCUGAGCUUUCUUCUAGGUUAUGUCCUUGCUCUAUUACCUUUCCCCUCCCCACUUCUAUCAGAACCAUUUCUGUGCGCCAAAAUACAACAGGGGGAUGUGUCCCAGUACACUUACCAAUAAAACAUAACUGAAAGAAGAGCAAUUUUAUGAUUUGGGUGCAUUUUUGUGUUUUUACUGGGCCAACUCCUAGUAGAGCCGGUCAACAAAUGACACUCAAUUCAACCAAAAAUACAGGGAAGGGGAGGAUGUUGAAAGGGGGAUGAAAAGAGGGGAAGGGGUGAGAAUGAUGUAUUUUUCUGCUGAAUCAGAAUUCACUUUCAGAUAACUCAUGUGAAAAGCGGUGCUCUGAAUAAAAUGAAUUCUAUAUUAGUUGCCUGUGUUUAUCAAAGUUUUGUUUUUCUUUUUAACUGCAGAAACUCUUACACCACAGCCCUUGUUUCAGAGUGGUGGAAGGUAAUAAAUAACCAGGCACCCUCAAAAUAUUUAAAUUGAGGUUCAGGGACAGAGGCAUUUGAAGGUUUAUAUCUGUGUUGUUCUAACCUAAAAAUGUUACUUAAAAAUGCGAUAAUUAAUUGACUUUUCUUUGGAGGGUAACAAAUAUAAAAACCAUCCACUGAUCUGUCCAUGCCUCAGUUCAUUUGGAACAUUUAGUGUGCCACCUACUGCUCCAGAGGGACCAGAGAUUCUCUAUUUCUUGGUGGCCUGGGACAAGAUCAGAUGCCAAAUGUACAAAGUUUCUUUAUAGCUGGGAUUAUAUCUUCUGAAGUCAUUCUAUUUUAGCCAGACCUUUUUAAUUUCACCGGCAAAUCUGUGAAACAAGACACUUGAUGUUCAAAAAAGAAUAGUACAUUUAAAAAGCUGUGAUUUUAAACAGUUGUUAAUGUUUUAAAAAAAAAGGACUAGAGGUAUUUUUUAAAAUAGAUCUCUUCCAUCAAAAUUGAUUUGUUUCUGUUGCUCUUGAUUUGAAAUGUCAUCAAAGUUUUUAAUAAAAUGCAUUUGUAAAAAAAAACACGUUAUUUUAUAGAAAAGUAUGACCAGAUUUCAUUACUGGAGAACUGAGAAUGCACAAGUAAAAAAGAUUUACAAAGGCUGUUUUUUUCUUUAAAAAAAAUCUGCCCCAAACAGAAAUGUUACAGGCAAAUACAUUUGUAUUAUACAAUGAUGACCAAUGUAUGUAAUAAGAACUUAAGCAUUUGUUUUGUAUUAAGUAAAAUCUUUACCAAAUAAAAGAAAAUAUUAUGUUAAUAAAACAGAUGAGAAUACAUGCUUUGCAGAGUUUCCUAUUUUAUAUAGUAGGAAACUGUGCAAAACAAGAAAUGCUUUGCUUUCCGGUGAGUGGAUCUGUGUGCCGCUGGAAGAAAUAAUAAGACUAUUCUAAGACAUCUGUAACUGGCAAUCCGUGAAGACACAAACAAACAAGCAAACAAAUGUCCUCCUGAAGAGAGUGCAAAGUCUUGCCACUCGGCGAGGGGAUAGUUGGCCUUUCAAAGUUUUCUGGUUCUGAAGAGCAGAACUUCACUCUAGACGGAUUCUGGCACCAGUCAGUGGGUGGAAGUAGUAAAAUGUGUGGCUCUGGUACUUUUAAAGAAUAAUCUCAAAAUAAGUUGGAGAGAGUGGGAAAAUUGCGUUCCGUUCGCAUUUCAACUUCUCAGGAAAUCCAGGCGGUGGUGGCGUAGGAAAGGCAAAAGAAUAAUAAGCAAAAUGAACCUGGCACGUUUAUGCCAUCCAUUCGUUUAAAGUUUUUCUUUUCCCCAGUCCCAGCUCCGGGUCCUGCUCCUUCUGUAGGUCUAAGAAAUGAUGUCCUCAAGACACAUCACCUAACUUCUAAACAGAUUUUUGUUUAAUGCGUGUUCUGAAAUUGCUCUCAACUUCGAUUACACUCUCAUAAAUAAACUGUAGCCACCCACUGCCGUGAUUGUAUCGAUUUUUACUUUCUUGUAAUAUUAAGAGUACCUGGGUCGCGUUCCUACACGUGGCCGCGCCGAAAGAGGACAGGGCGCCCUAACUGCAGGACUCACCGGUCCAGCUCGCACCCUCUGCUCCCUGCCCUGUUGCCCUGGCCUCUUCUGUCAACCCUGCGCGAAGCAUCGCAGCUCCAUCUUUGACGUAAAUGGGCAUUCAUAGUCUAG